UGCAACGAAAGAGCGAGUUUUGAGAUCAAUAGACUCUCCGUUUCUUCAGUCCCAGUGUGCAGCUAGCAGUGCCGUUUGAUCGUCUGACCAGUGAUUGAAGAUGCCGAUCUCUCGGAUCUCAGUGGGUAGACCCGAGGAAGCGACUCACCCGGACGCUUUGAAGGCCGCGUUGGCCGAGUUCAUAUGCACACUCAUUUUCGUAUUCGCAGGCGAGGGUUCUGGCAUGGCCUUCAACAAGCUCACUGACGAUGGUUCAUCCACCCCUGCCGGUCUCGUGGCCGCUGCUUUGGCUCAUGCUUUCGGUCUUUUCGUUGCUGUCUCCGUCGGAGCUAACAUCUCUGGUGGCCACGUUAACCCUGCUGUCACAUUUGGAGCUUUCGUCGGUGGUAACAUCACUCUCCUCCGUGGUAUUCUCUACUGGAUCGCUCAGCUUCUAGGCUCCACCGUCGCCUGCUUGCUUCUCAAGUUCGCCACCGGCGGCAUGACGACAUCGGCGUUUUCAUUGUCGUCAGGGGUUGGGGUGUGGAACGCGUUCGUGUUCGAGAUAGUGAUGACCUUUGGGCUGGUGUACACAGUGUAUGCGACGGCGGUGGACCCAAAGAAGGGAAGCUUAGGGACCAUAGCACCCUUAGCGAUUGGUUUCAUUGUGGGAGCCAACAUUUUGGCCGGUGGAGCUUUCGAUGGGGCGUCGAUGAACCCGGCUGUCUCUUUCGGACCGGCGUUGGUGAGCUGGACAUGGACAAACCAUUGGGUGUACUGGGCUGGUCCACUGAUCGGAGGAGGCCUUGCUGGGCUUGUGUACGAGUUUUUCUUCAUCAGCCACUCUCACGAGCAGUUGCCCAGUACAGAGUACUAAACCAGAAAGGAAUGGAUAGGAGGGGUUUCGUUAAUCUUGACCGUUGAUCAUGUAUUGU